CAAAAAUCUUGUUUUGUUUGUUGUUGUUUUAACUUUUACACGUAUUUUUAUAUAAAUAUUGUACAAUGGACAGUGAAAAUGCAGAAAGAGAGUUAUUGCUACCUCACCACGAACAACAGUCGCUGUGUACCACGCGUUUGCCGUAUAGACAAGGCCGAAAAUUAACUGCUGUUAAGGUAUACACUGUCAAUAACGAGUCCAAUCACCUGCUAGUGUUCGGAGUGCCAUCUCUAAACCUUCGCCAGGAAGCCAAAGCGUUAUUCGCAAAGUUUGGUAAACUUUUGCAAUUCAACAUCAGCAAAGAUCAUGCGGCUGAAGUGUUUACGGAGACGUACCAUGUUUUGUUCGAGAAGAUACAGUCGGCAAGAUUAGCAAAACGUAUGUUAGACACAAAGAAUUUCUACGGAGGCUCUCUGCACAUUUGUUACGCACCUGAGUUGGAAGAUGUCAGUGAAACCCGCAGCAAAUUGUUGCAGCGACAAAAAGAUGUAAUAUUCCGGCUGAAAAAUCUUCAAAAACCAACAAAUAUUAAGAAAACGUUACUUGAAAAAGUUACAGAAAUGACUGUUGAACAUGUUACAGCAGAUGAUACCAAAAAAUUAAACAUGGGUGAUAUUAACACUAUAAAUUUAGAAAAUAAUACCCUGAAAAGGAAGAAAAAUCAACCAAAGCCAGCUCAAGAGAAACAUUACAAGCCCUGUUUUUUACCGAGUGAUUCCAAAGCUUCCAAAUUGAGUAAAAAGUCUAGUAAGAAUCACAAUAAUGAUGUUAAAGAACAAAGUAAUUUAAAAAAUAGUGACUUUAGACUACAUAAUGAUAUAGAAAUCAUAGAUUGUACUUCAGCGGACUUGGAAACUGUUACUAACAUUAACGAAAGCCCCCAAGACUUAGGCAAUAUUGAAAUAGACGGACAGAGCAAUAAAAUAAGUUUAAAUGAUCAAUUGAAUUAUAAUAAUUUUGGUAAUGAAGAUAUAAGAAAAGUCCCCUCCAAAUCUGUAAAUAAGAUUAAGUUUAGUUUAAAUAAAAGAUGAUUGUUAUUAA